AUGGGCACCAGAUUAUUGCAGAAACCCUCGACUUCCGAGAUGAUUAUCCAAGAGGCAGAGAGUCCUCCAGGUCGCUCUCUACGUGGCGAUCUCGAUCCACCUCCUGAUGGCGGAUUCCAUGCUUGGCUCCAAGUUGCUUUAUGCCAUCUGGCUGUUUUCAACACCUGGGGCUACAUCAAUAGCUUUGGGCUUUUUCAGACAUACUAUACGACUUUCAUGUCACGAUCUGCUUCCGACAUAUCCUGGAUUGGGAGUAUACAAAUCUUCUGUCUCUUCGGAGGAGGAAUGAUUUCCGGACGCUUAACGGAUGCUGGCCACUUCAAGCCUCUAUUCGCACUGGGAACAUUAUUCCAACUUGUCGGUAUCUUUACCGCUUCUUUCGCCACCCAAUAUUAUCAAAUACUUUUGUCUCAAGGCCUUUGCAUUGGUAUCGGCAAUGGUUUCAUUUUUUGUCCUGCCCUCACCGUGGUGUCUUCAUAUUUCAAGACUCGCCGAGGACUUGCCAUCGGAGUUGCCGUCAGCGGAUCAGGAACAGGAGGGAUCAUAUUCCCCGCGAUUGCCAAUGCAACCCUCAGCUCAAUGGGAUUUGGAUGGACUCUUCGUAUACUUGGAUUCAUCACCUUAGCGACGCACAUUCCAUGUCUGCUAUUCUUCCGCACUCGACUGCCUCCUCGAGCUUCUGGGCCCUUGAUUGCACUGUCAAUGUUCAAAGAUGUCCCAUAUGCAUUCUUUAACAUCUCUAUGUUCUUCAAUUUCCUGGGACUAUACUUUACCUUUUUCUAUCUCGGAAAUUUCGCACGCAACAUCAUCCAUACAUCCACAUCCAUCUCAACAAACUUGUUGAUGAUCCUUAACGGGGUUGGAAUUUUGGGCCGGCUUCUUCCCAGCUUUGUGGCCGACAAGUACGUGGGGCUUUUGAACAGCAUCAUCCCAGUCAAUAUGCUCACAUGCGUGUUGAUGUAUUCCUGGGCCGGCGUUCAUUCUGUUGGGGGACUGUAUGCUUUCGUAGUCAUCUAUGGCUUUUUCGCCGCUGGUGUGCAGUCAAUGUUCCCUGCGGUUCUCAGCACUCUGACAACAGAUCCAACCACGAUUGGGACUCGAAUGGGGAUGACCUUUGCCGUUGUUGGCAUAUCCUGCCUGAUCGGACUGCCACUGUCGGGGCAAAUGAUCGCAGCAAACUCAAAGGGGCAAUUUUUGUAUGCCCAAAUGGCGGCUGGCACUUUCUUGCUGACUGGGACCGCCUUCAUGAUUGCUGCACGUGUAUCUAUAACUGGCGUGAAAUGGAAGGUGAAAGUCUAG